ACUCAUGGUAGAUGCAGCGCAGACCUACUACGGUUGUUCCGGAAUAAAUCAGAGAGGUUUGUUUCUGCCCGGGCCUUGCAAGACUGUGUGUAUGCUCUGUCAAAUUCUCAGCUUUUAGGCAAUUUUAUAUUCUUGUAUUGUAAAAAUAUUUGCUUUGGAUUCCCGUGCAUAGGCUGCGAGUUUUGUAUACGUUAUCGUGAGGAUUGUAGAGUGUCGGAGUGGUGAAGAAAAACAGAAACUCGAAGUCUUUCUUUCAAUACAUCGGUUUUUGCAUGGUUUUAUCAUAUAAAUGAGAGCUGGUUUUAUAGAGAGAAGCUAUUACUUGCGAGAUAUGCCGUAAUCUUUAGUGUUGCUUUACAGUGCAUCGAUUCGAAGUGAAUUUUUAUUAUUUGAAAUAUGGGAAGAAGGAAGUAUAAAGCUCUUGAUGGAACCGUUCUGAUGAAAGCAGGUUAACUAGGAGAACGAGUCUAAAAUGUAAUCCGUCGCGGUCAACAGUAUGGACGUUCCAUGGACUUCCCUUGUCAUUCAAUUUAUUUUGCUUUUGUUCGUGUUGGAGUUUACGUCGACUUUCAAACAGACAGGAUCAUGUUACUUUCCUGAACGAUGGGAAGGUUCGUGGUUUCAAUCUGGAGUCAGACAGUCGAUACUUAUCGAAGGACCAAGACUGAGUAGCAAAGGAAGAUGUGUAGGUUCAGAAGGAGACAAAUUUCUUAUAUUAGAUGAGAAAAAGACUUGUUAUAGAUGUGUAGUAAUUCAUGAAAAACAUAUUAAUGUUCUUCAGUAUAAAGAAACAUACUGCCACAGUCGAGAAGUGUUGCCAACUCUCUGUGGUUUGAUAACCGGUGACGCUCUUUUAUAUUCAAUGUUCAGAGAAAACGCUGUACCAAUACCCUGUCCUUUUAGAGGUCCUUUUACCUUUACUUAUAACCGAGGCCACGGAGAAUGUAAAUAUCCAGUUUCAAGCAUAGACGCCUGUAUUGAGGAAAGCAAGCUGUUACUCAGUUAUCAAGCUUGUCCUGACGUUCAUGGAUCAGAGAGUGCAAUCGAAGAAUUACAGUGUUUGGCUUCGUGGAAAGAAGGCAGCUCAAGAUAUCUAGUAGGUAAAAUCCAUCAUAGCCACGUUACUUCCAAUGAAGACAGAUACCGAUGUUUCGUAUACGAAAAGACUGGUUCACCUUCAGGAGCAACAGAUGACGUGGAUUACAGAGUCGCUCAAAGCGGAGACGCUACUUGUAACGGUCUUUUUAGUGCUACUGAGGGAAGUAGGACUAUGACACUUAAAAAAGCUUUACCUGUCAACAAAUGCCGUUUUCCUUCUUGGAUAGCCAAUUCGAAUCACUGGCAUACUUUGGAUUAUUCUUCAACGUAUAGUUUUCAUCAUAAAAACUCCACGCUUAAAAUUACAAAUGCUACGGGUAUAGACAUGAAAGUAAUAUGUGUACAACUUAAGCAAACCACUAGAGACGAAAACGCAGUUAUUCUUGUAACUCAUUUUACUAUGGGAUGUCAAAAUGGUUACAUCUGCAUCGCUUUUUAUCGGCGAGAUUUGUCUGUGAUGGAGAUGCAAAUGGGUACACCAACAAAUCGCAGAGAAGAUGCCUGUAAUUCCAACUUUUUUGAUAAAUUGUCUUUACCUUUUGUAACUUUAGUGUCGACGUCAGUAGAAACUCAAAACUGUCCAUUCAUGGGAAAAUUUGAAGUCAACAAUCUUAUCAGAAAUAAAGAAGAAAGUUCGUUAAGUAAAUACGCUCAAAGAGAAGAACCAAAAUAUUUUGAUUCGAAUUUCUAUUUUCGUAAACAGAGACGGUCCAUUUAUUUUGAACAAUUGGAGUAUACUAGGAGGCGAGUGAAACGCGUCGACGAAGAUUUUGACUGUGAUAGCGAUAGCAAUGGGUUCUCGAACCUUAUUAUUGGUUGCGUUAGUUAUGAUACCAUGGAGUUUACGGUAGAUUGUCCAACGCCCAACUUAAUCACUUCGUACUCUUGUCAUGGACGAUGGGAAGAAAAUGGUACAAACUACCUAAUCACCUCACCAAACAGUCGUUCGGCGUAUGGCAUUCGCAAAUUUUGUUUUAUGUACAAAGAAAUGAAUUCGGGGGUGAUGUUUUCCACUUCGGCUGAAAGCUGUAGUCGAUUAGUUAAGCCGGGCAUUACUGGUGAAUUAAUAUUUAAUAUAAGUAGCACAGGAAAAUGUUUCGACACAGACGCUUCCGUUAGAAAUCAUCCAAUCAAUGCUUGGCUUAUGUCUUCAAUCUUCUUUUCCUAUAUAGUAUCCAGAUUGGUUACAAUAAGAUGAUCAAUAGAAAUGUUAUGUGUUUUAUAUUUGUGAGACUGUUAUCUUAAAAAAAACGGUUGUGUGUGUAUUCUAAGAAAGUUUGACGGUAUGUUAUGAAUUUUGAUUUUUUUUUUCAAUUUAAAACGUAUACUAUAAUAGUAUCUUUGACCAAAAUUUUUUUAUAAAACAAGGCCUGAAGUGAAUUAGAGUCGAGUUUACCAUCUCUAACCCACAUGAUUUUUUCAUAUAUAAUAUUAGAGAUGGGAUAAUAUAACUAAUAGCUUACCAUCUCUAACCCACAUGUUUCUUUGAUAUAUAAUAUUGGGAUAAUUUGAGUGUAUGUAUCCUACAUUAAAGAGGUAAUAUAUUGAUAAACCCUCAGUUCCCUAAUAGUUAUAGUUGUGCAUUUCCUUAGUAGUCUAUGAUCAAAUUACCAACGAAAAGGCGAGCCCGCAUAUUUUAAUGUGAAUUAGUUUGUUUUGCGUACAUUAAAAAGGAUUAUAGUUAAAAAAUGUUGUAUUCAUUUGGGGGUGGAAAAUAAUUAGAAACAAAUACAAAAAUGGCUUUUUUGGAAUAUAUCAAAAACAUAAAAAAGAUAUAAGAAUUUUUUCGGAGUAAAAAAGAUGCUGUUUUCAAUUUUUAAGGAAUUUCCGAUUCAAAUUUAUAGCUCAGUUUCGUGACACAUUGAAAAAUCUAUAAAAAUUGGUAACAUGGAUUUUUUUAAACUUUUUUUCUUUUUGAUAAGUGUGUUCAAAGUACUGCUUAAUCUGGCUUGCGAAUCGUCCACAAGGAGUGAUACUAGACGUCAAUUUAAGUUUAUAUACAACUGGUACUUGGUCUCCUUCUCAAUGGCAUUAUGUCCUUUGACUUAGAUCACCAUCCUGUAAUUCGUAUAGAUCCGAAAUCAUACCUGACAUUAUCCAACCAUCUCAUUGUUGGAAUCCUUCUUCUCAUAUUGUACACUUUAACAUUCAGAACUUUUUUUGACAUUCUAUAUGUCCAUUGGAUUUUUCGAGCUUUGAUGAAACAAACGUCUUGGUUCUGUAGGAUGACGCUUAUCUCAAAGUAAUAUUGGAUUCUCCAUCCAUUUCCCACUCUCACACAUUCAUAUUUUUUCCUGGAGACUUUUUCUUAAAAUCUAUUUAAUCUUUCUUUGUCGCAUCCUGUCAGUGCCCAUGUUUCACCACCAUAUGAGACUAAUGGGCCCAUAAAAGUUUUAUAGAUACGCAUUUUGGCAGUGCAGUUUAGAAGUUUGGUCUUCAGUAGACUCAGAUUUGCAUAGUAGACCCUGAAUCCAGCUUGUACUUAGGAGUCUAAUGCAUUUGCAAAUGCUGCGUUCAUAAAUAAGAGGAAGCUAAGUUUUAUGACCUUUAACUUCCAGACAAUUAGACUUAAUUUUAAUCAAUAUCAUUUCAUACUUCAAGAACAACAAAACUUAAUGUUGAUGCAUCAUGUUUCAACUUGUCAUUGUUUACCCCUUUGUCCCCCAUUCAAGUGAUUGCUGCUAUAAAAAUUUAUCAACUAUAUUAUUUGAGCAAACCUCGUAUCUACGAAAUCUAAUGAGAAAUAAUAGAAAUAUCUUUCACCACAAUUUGAAUGUUUCAAUAUAUUUGAAUAAUAUUUUUGUCAACGUUUGCACAAAAAUAAAACAUUUUUUAUCAAUUUCAACAAACAGCAAUUUUUAUAAAAAUUAUUUAAAAAAUAAUGUAUAAUUUGUAUAGGUAUAAAAUUACUUGUUAGACAUUGUAGGUAUGAUUGAAAAAAAAGGUGAAAAUUUCACUUCAUUUUAUUUUUCCUAUUUUUAAAUAUAGGACUAGAUUGAGCUAUAAUUUCAAAUGAUUAUUGUAAACAUUUCAACUUCUAUUGUAACUAUAUCAAAAUUGAUUAGACUUUUUUUUAAUAAAUUCUUACUUCAACAUUUUUGAUCAAAGCUUUUUUCAUAACUUUAUAUUUGUGAGAUAUUUUCGAAACAUUUAUUUUGUCGGUAAUUCAAAAGUUUCCACCUCAUUACAAAUUUUUUAACUAUUAAAUAUUUCAAAUAUAUGCUAAAAUGAACUUAGAGGGUGUGUCAAUGGGCCUGUGGUAUUUUGUAUGACAGAUGUUUUUGGAUAAAAAAAUUAAUGUAGCUUUAAGCUCUAAUUCACUUUGUUCAACGUUUCUCCAAUUCAUUUAUCCCUUCAAAAAACAAUAUUUAUCGCAUUUGGAAGAAAGAAAUAUAACUCGUGACUAAAUUAGAAGAAUUGGACAUCAAUCCAUAGUCCAAGUCAUGGAAAUUGGACCCUUGCAGUGCAAAAAAACUUUUUUCUUAUGCAACUACCGUCUUUUUGCUUUUCAGAUGCAGUAGGUUGUCAUAAUACUGAUCAUUGAUGGUGGCACCCUUUCAAAGUUAUUCAACGUGGAUUAUACAAAUAAAUCUGUCAAUAUUGGUUUCGUGGUCGAUUGUUAGCAAUAUAGGAGUAUUCCGUUGAUGUGUGAGAAGCCUAUGACUUCCAUAAUGACUGCAUUUUCCGUGCUUGUAAGAAAUUCAGUAAACCACUUUUCCACCAUUGAAAUUGAUAGUGCAGAACUACCUUGGUAUCAAACUCUCUUGAUAAAAGAUAUUUUGUUCAAGACUCUACAUCUCAUCGUUCUGCUCAGAAAAUAAGACUCCUACCAAAGAGGCUAUUUUCCUAAGGUUUUUGUGUUCCAUUUCCCAAGGUGUUAAUACUACUCCUUCAAAGUACUUGAGCCUUUUAGUAAUAUGAGCAGAACAUUGGCAGUGUGCUUCCAUGGUUUGCUCGCAGAAUCUGCAGUUGUCUUCUGCCAUGCCUAUCGUCUUAAGGUGUUUGACGGAGAAGGGAACUGUCAGAAGACUGAUCACCAUACAGUUUGAUAUAGCUUCUUCACAAUAAGCUCUUAAGACUUCUUAACUGGUAUGGUUAUAAUCUGUUGAAUUGUCUGGCAUGGAGUGAUUCUCCGAAGAAAUUCCAUCUGAUUGUUUAGCCAUCCGUUCAGUUUUGGUGUUAAGAGCCUUUUCUAUUUCUUUAACUAGAUAAUGUAGUACACUUGCCUUCUGGUAAGCAAAUUGCUUAGUGUGAAGUAGCUUUCUUGCGAGAACUGAGCUUCUAAGGUAUUUUUCUAUGGCUUUCUCUUUAAUUUUUAAGGAAAAGAAGGCCAGGCAGAUCGGGCGAUAAGUCUUUUGCUUGUUUCUGCUUUUUUUACCUUUCGCCAUAUUUUGGGUAAGUAGCCUAGAAUCAGGCUGACUUCAAAAUGCUUUUGAAUAUGUUUCUUCAAAGCCUUUCAGGUUGUAGCGCAUGAAGCUCUCAAUCGCCCACUUGAUACUGUUUAUUGAAAAGAUUUCUCGGGCUUAAAUUUUCUUCUGUUAAAGGUCAUUCAAAUUUUGAGAAGAAUCAAGUCGUUCCAAUUUUGACAGGAGUCAAAUGACAGAUGCCUAAAAAAAUCACGUAUUUGUUGACUCACCCUCGUACAAUUAAAUUGUGGACCUGUUUUAUUGUUUAGUAAUUUUGAUUUAAAUCAAAGUAACUUUUCUUUACUUCACUUCACUUUCGGUCGAUAUAGAAAAAGUGUAUGAGUUUGAAUUAGAGUUAAAAGGUAACAAACCGUUGAACUUGAACAGAAUUAGCUUACAUUUCAUUUUAUAUGAUCAUUUUACUUUGUAAAUUAAAAACUGUGCCUAUUCAUUAGUUUGUUUGGUCAUAACAUUGAGGUUAGUAUACAUCUUGAAGUUACUUAUAAAUUUCAAGGUGUGAUUUAUACGGUUUCUACCUACCAAUCCUUUAAACUUGAAAAGAAUUAGAUUUAUUGACAGAUGUAUCAACUUAUAUUUAGUUACUCUUCCAUGAAAACCUUGGAAAUAAUUCUUUGAAGUCGCGAGAGCCAUCCACUAAGUAGGUACUAGAGAUUUGCGUCGGCCAUAUUGUACAGUGUAGUACUUGUAUAUAAUAGGAAUAAUGUGAAUGAAAAAACAGUUUGUAUUUCUAAAUAGUUAUUUUUUUUCUAACAACGUCUCCUCUUGAUAGAAAUCGACAGAUAUUUAGUUACUAUCCCCAGAAAAAAUGAGGUUAGAAAAAAUACUUGGGAUUCACAAGGCGCGAGAGCGAUCUAUCGAGUAAAUACAAAUGGGCAUCCGCCAUAUUGUUGUAUUUAAAAGGAAUUAUGUCAAUAAACAAAAAGAUAAUUUAUAUUUGAGAGAAAAUUACAAUUAGUUAAAUAGUUAUUUUUUCCUUUUAAAACAAUACAUCCCUAGAUAAACGAAUCGAUCGAUAUAUACCUACUUAAGUCUCCGCCCAGAAAAACGAGAUUUGAAACAAUUUUUGGAAUUCACCAAGUGCGAAAGCCAUCUAUAAAUUAGCUAUAAGAACUGAGCGUCCGUCAUUUUGUUGGUUACUUUCAAUAGAAAUUAUGUGAAUCGACAAAAGUUAGGUUAGAAUUCUAGGAAACAAUUUAAUGUGUAUCGAAACGCACUGUUAGUUGAAUAGGUAAUAAUUACUUCCCUUGCACGAACAAAACGAGAUUUAAAAAACGUUAGUAUUCAUGAGGCGUGAGAAUCAUCUAUCAAUUAGACAUUGAUAAAGAAGCAUCAGCCAUUUUUUUGCAUUGUAUUCAAUAGGAUGUGAUUCGACAGAAGUUAGGUUAGAUUUCGUGGAAACAUAACUUCAAUAUUUUCGAAACGUACAUAUAACUAAUUUCACUUCACUAAUAUAGUGAAGAAGUAUGUUUUAUCUUUAAAAUAACUACUCUUUUUGCUAAAUGAGUUACUUUCCUGUUAACAAAAUGAGAUUAAACACAAUUUUUAGGAUUCAUGAGGCGCUAGAACCAUCUUUUGAGUAGACAUUGACAACGGAGCAUCUGCCAUUUUGUUAUGUUAUCCUCAUUAGAAAUUAUAUGAAUAAAAAAAACGGGUUGGAUUUCUGGGAAACGUAAUUUAAUGUUAAUGUAAUAAUAACAUACAGUUCGUUAAAUAAUUGUUUUUUUCAAAAUAAUUACUUUCCGUGAUAGAUGAAUUGACAAUUAUCUAGGUAUCCUCACCCUAGAGAAAAAGACAUUCUAAGCAAUAUUGGGAUUUAAGAGAGAUGAGAGCCAUCUAUUAGGAACAAAUGAAUGACCGUCAUUUUUUUGAGAAAUUAUGUGAAUCAACUAACAGUUGGGUUAGGUUUCUGGACAAGUAACUAAAUGUGUAUAAAAAAUACAGAUCCUGAAGUUUAUUUUUUCUUCAAAGAAGGGUUAAUCUCUUGAAAGAACAAAGUAGAAACCAGUUCUCUUACUUUAUCAUUUACUUUACAGUAAAAUUGAGAUUGAAACUAAUUUUUUAAGUUGACUAUUUGAUUUUUAUCCAUAUUUUUAUGUGAAAUAAAUGGGCGCAGUUGAUUUGUACAUUUUAAAAAGCAGUAUAGUUUAUACUUAAAACUGUGAUUAUUACAAUAUAGUAUCGAUUGUAAAAUUUUAUCUUUAAUGUUUCUUGUAGGAUAAGUUAGAGUAGGUAUCAAUAUACCCCAAUUUUAGGUAAAAUUUUGUAGCCGUGUUUUAUGUCUCAUCGUCAACAUGAAAUAUUUUAACCAAAAUUAUCAGUAUCAAUGUUUAUGCUAGAUUUUUUUUAUUGGUCAAGAUUUUGGAUGAAUUUAAUGUGUGAAAUUGUUGGUCUUUACAAAAAUAUCCACAUCUAUUAUUUUUCUCAAAAAUUAACUAAUGCAAAUAUUUUUCCUUUAUUUAUGUUUUUUAAGAGAUUUUACAUUAAUGGUGUAUUCCAAUAAGCACUCACGACCAAGGUCUUUCUCGUUCCACUUAGUCCAGAGUGGAAUGGAUUAUGAAACGUUGUGAGCGUUGGGGUAAGUAAUAACAAAUGGCAAGAGACAAAAUACAGCAAAACCUUUACGAGGUUAUGUUACGAUUUGUUAGUUAGUAAUUUUUUAGUUGGGUAUUUAACAAGUUUACGUUAAAGUAAAAUCAAAAUGUCUUCUGUCGCACGUUGCAAUUUUUGUUGCUUCGAUUUUUGAAAAUUCCACUAUCAAUUGUCACUUCAACCCAUCUCUUCGCAUAGGUCGUCGUGAGCGUUAGUCAUGACGUCAUUAGUGACAUUCUCUCCGUAACCACAACGAUUCUAGUUGCCAUGUGGAACUCACAAAGAACUACUUUUGGCGUUGUGACCGCUUAGUGGAACGCACCAUAUAUAAAUUGAUAUCACUGACGUAUUCCGUUUCCAAUACCAACUAUAUUGAGAACGACAGAACUCUGUACCAGUUUGUAAAGUCGUCAAGUUAAAAUUGUUACAGAUAUGGAAGUAUUUGCAUUUUUUAUGUAGAUAAAUUCAAGUUAUAUAGAUUUUUAUUUACUACUUUAGUAGUCAGGAAUACACGUACUGAACACACUGUUUAUGCUACUGCUACACCAAUACUCACAAUUACCCUGUCUGACGGGUGUUUCGAUAAACAAGUCAUCAUCUUCAGAAACUGAAAGUGAACUGUUUACUAUAGGUGUAGUGAUAGUGGAACUGAAGACCGAAGGUGAACAUUACACCAACAGUAAACAGUUUACCUUUGGUCUCUGAUGUCAAUAAGUUGGUUAUCCAAACGUGCGUCAGUGUAAUUGUGCGUGUUGGGGUAGUGGUAGGGUUAACAGUGUGGUCAGUAUGAAUAUCACUAACGAUUCCAAAAAUUUCUACAUAUUUUUACAUUACCUUGAUGGAUAUAAAGAUAAAUUGAGUUUGGGAUAAUAUUUGAAUUUAUAGAAUUGAAAUAUUCAUUUUAAUACCUACUUUUAGGAGUUCACUAAAUGAAAAUGUUACGAGAACAUUACCAACAAUUUUUAUCUUUAUAAUAACUCGAAUUUUGUCAAAAUUGCUUUUUUCUUUUCGUCAAUAAUUCAUCAAGUACAGGUUGAUGAUUUUUUAUUAUUUUGUAGUAUAAAAAUUGAUACUUAUAAUCUUAAUCUUAUUAUGACGGAAUACAAAAUCAAACUUCCGAAGUAACGUUUUUAUUUAACAAAUCUUUUCAUUUUUAUCGUGCCCAACAAAUAAUAAUUUUUCUUACAAAUAAUCAAACAUUUUUUAUUCCAAAUCAAAGUUUAUUCUUCCUGUUUUUUUAGUCUAAGAUUACUAAAAGUGAUGGUUUUUAAUCAACUUGUAUUAGUCACAAUUGAAUGCUCAUAGGGAAAAUACAUUCUUACUACAUUAAAUUGGUGAAAGUUGACUUUUUGCGAUGCUUUGCAAACUAAUCUUUUUUCUCGUCCUAUGAGGUGUGGUGUGCAGUGUCAUGCAUCCGUGUGGGACUCUCACCUCACUAAACUACCCUCACAAUAUUAUUAGUAUGAAAUUGAACAUCUACUCAAUACUCUAAUCGUUUUUAUUAUUAUGCUGUCCACUGAUGGUAAUUCCCCUUUUUUUAUUUCAUUUUCCUUCUAUCUUCAUCCCAUAUCUCCGCCAGUCAAAAAAACAACCUAUCGAGUAAUAAGCGUUUGAAAUAAAUUCUAACUUCGAUUUUUACUUUUCGGAUGAUAACUCAAAAACUGAUGAGGUUACCACAAUAGUGACUAUUUAUAUAUUACUAUAUAUAACUAUUUAUAUAUAUUAGUGAUAAAAUUUUAAAGUUUUCUAGCACCAAUGGUGUAUAUCGUGUGCAGCGGGUCAUCAAAGCAUAGUCCGUACUUUUCUUUAUUUUGUUAGUAAACGUGUCGAAGAAGCCGUGUCCCAUUAGAACUUGUGUGAAGUAAUCGAGUUCUUAUGUUUACGUUGUACCCAUUUUUUAUUACAAUUCAAUCACACACAAUCUUUUUCUCUCCUAAUCAAAAUAAGGGUAGAUUCUUACUGCGAAUAAUUUACUAGCAGUAGUUGACUGUGCACAAGGAAAGCGUACUCUUACUACUUUGAUUAGUGAAGGUUGACUUCUUGCAAGGAGAUGGUUAGGUAACCUAACAACACAAGUUUUCUUUAUUUCUAGACAAAAAUUAGAUUCUUACUGUUUAUUAGUAGAAGCUGAUGAAAUUCACUGUCUACAGUUGACUGUACAUAGGGAAAGCGUAUUAUCACUACCUUGAUUUGGUAUGAAUUAACUUUUUGCAAGAAAUUAGUUUACAAUCUAAAAGAAACUUCUCUUUUUUUUCCAAAUUUUGAGAUUACAUGACAAUUCUGUUGAUGUUAAUUUAUUGGAUACCUUCAUUCUGCCAGAGACGUUCAUCAUUAUCAUUCUAACCAUACGCUUCUUUGGGACGCCAAACCCCAAAAGAUUCUUUCUUGAACUCGGAAGAAUAUAUCAGUUUUUCUUUUUAGAUGUGUGACUUUGGUGCUUAGUAUAGCAUAUUUGGUUAAUUUGAGUGAGUUAGCGUCCUAACUCAACUUUUUCACGAAACAAUUGUUCCUUGGAGCCUGCUAUCAUUAUUACAAUCUUGGUCCAAUUUAUUGAGCAUUCAUA